AUGAUUUUGCAUUUCUGGGUGGGGGUGCACGUGGGCCAAAGCCUCAGCUGUCAAUCACCGGAUCCCGGCCGGGAAGAGAUCUAUAUCUCAAAGCCAUACAAAGCAGUGUGCUUACAUAGUAAAGCACAGCACACAGUAAAAACAGCAUACAGUUCACCUUUUGAUUGCCCCACAAGUUAACCCCUUUCUGCCCAGUGCCAUUAGUACAGUGUCAGUGCUUUUUAUUAGCACUGAUCACUGUAUUGGUGUCACUGGGGAUGUCAGUGGCAUCAAGUCAGUUCCCCCAGUGUCAGAAUUCCUGCCGCAGUCCCAC